CAACAGAAUAUAAGCACGGUGUUCUUUCCGAUGUGAACUCAAUCAAAUCCAAGCAGAAAGAAAGACUGAUGGCUUCUCCAAGGUACUCGGUUCCGUUCUUUUUACUUUCUAUUAUUGUUUCUUUGGCAAGAUCAGAGGACGCCCAAGCUCUUUUAGAGUUGAAAUAUUCAUUAGAUCCAUCAAACUCGCUUCAAUGGCAAGGAAUAGAUGUGUGUAAAUGGCGAGGAAUCAAAGAAUGCCAGCAAGGAAGGGUCACAGAGAAAAAAUGCCAGUCCGAUGACAUCUCCAGCGUCACCGCCACUGCGCCAUGGCUUGGUUUUUCAUUAGAAUAA